AUGUCUCAAUCAAUAAAGAAAAGAACGGGUACAGGAAAGAGGGUCCAACCGGCCUCUGAGACCAUUGUUGAGGUUCCAGUCACAGACCACAAUGUGAAGAAGACCAAAAAGUAUGUUAAAGAAGUCGAUGCUUUUGAUUCAGCUGGUGAAAAGGAACCUGAAUAUAAGUAUUGGGUCGCAUUAUCACUUGUUACCACGCUUGCAUUCUAUGUUAGGUUUACAAAAUUAGGAACUCCUGAUAAGGUUGUUUUUGAUGAAGUUCAUUUUGGAAAGUUUGCUUCGUAUUACUUGGAACGUACAUAUUUUUUCGAUCUACACCCGCCAUUCGCCAAGUUGUUGAUUGCAUUUGUUGGAUGGCUCAUUGGUUACAAUGGUCGUUUCAAAUUUGACGCAAUUGGGGACUCGUAUAUUGAAAACAAUGUUCCAUACCUUGCUUACAGGAGUUUACUGGCCAUACAAGGAACAGCUGUUGUGCCCAUCAUGUUUUUAACCAUGAAGACAUUGGGGUUUAGCGUGGCCGCUUGCUUAUUUUCCGGUAUAAUUGUUUGUUUUGAUAAUGCUCAAGUGGUAGAUAGCAGAUUGAUUUUGUUGGACGCAACCUUGAUUUUGAGUGUUGCGUUAACCAUGUUUAGUUACUGCAAGUUCUCAACAUUCAGACAACAACCUUUCAGUCAAAAAUGGUGGACCUGGCUUUUAGCUACAGGGGUAUCAUUAUCGUGCGUGAUUUCAACUAAGUACGUUGGUGUGUUCACUUAUUUCACCAUUGGGAUCGCAGUUCUUCACGAAUUGUGGAUCUUAUUGGAUUACAAAAAGGGGUUGACUUUGCAGCAGUUUAGCAAACAUUUUUUUGCUAGAUUAUGGGCGUUGAUCAUUGUCCCAUUUAUCAUCUAUUUGACUUGGUUCUACAUUCAUUUUGCGAUAUUGACAAAAUCUGGUCCAGGAGACACUUUUAUGUCAUCUGAUUUCCAAGAAACUUUACAAGAAUCCCCAUUAGCCAAGCAUUCAAAACAAGUACAAUACUAUGACCAUAUCACUAUCAAGCACAAAGAAACGGGCGCUUUUUUGCAUUCACAUGAUCACGUAUAUCCCUUGCGUUACGAAGAUGGUAGAAUUUCCUCAAACAAACAACAAGUUACUUGUGUAGAUGUCGACAAUGCAUUAUCCGAUCCAAACAACCAAUGGGAGAUUGUUCCUGUUGCAGCUCAGGAUGAUGGAAAAAAGGGAAAAGAUGUGUUUACUAAUGAUGUUGUUCGAUUCAAGCACGUAGGAACUGGUGGUUACCUUUUGACUCACGAUGUCGCGUCUCCAUUAAAAGCUACAAACGAAGAGUUUAUUGUUGUUUUCGAUGAUAUUGCCGAUAAAAGAUACAAUGAGACCUUGUUCAGAUUAAAGUUGGAUGUACCAGGAUCAUCUCCAAAGAAACAGAAUCAAAGGAAGAAGAUAAAGACAUUGGCAACUCCUUUGCGAGUGUUGCACAUGGAUACGGUUGUUGCCAUGUGGACUCAUGAUGACGAAUUGUUGCCUGAAUGGGGCUUCAACCAACAAGAGGUCAGCGGAAACAAAAACAUCAAAAGCAAAGAGAAUGUGUGGACUUUUGACGCAAUCACAAAUUUAGAAGAAUCCGAUUCUAGGAGUAAGUAUGUGCCAAAGAAAAUUAAGUCUAUCCCUUUUUUGAAGAAAUGGUGGGAAUUACAAGGUUUGAUGUUCCAUCACAACAACCAACUUAGUUCAACGCACCCUUUUGCUUCGCAACCUGACUCAUGGCCACUUGCUUUAAGUGGUGUGUCAUUCUUCAACGAUAAUGAAUCCAAGAAGCAAAUCUUUUUUGUUGGGAAUGUGAUUGGUUUUUGGUUGGAAGUUUGCUUCUUGUCGAUCUAUGUUGGUAUAAUUUUGGCAGAUCAAAUUACGCUUAGAAGAAAUUAUCAUUUGUUAAACAAAAAGGCUAGAUCAAGAUUGUACAACACAUUGGGUUUCUUAUUUAUUGGCUGGUGCGCUCAUUAUUUCCCAUUUUAUUUGAUGAACCGUCAAAAGUUUUUGCACCAUUACUUACCUGCUCAUCUAAUAGCAGCCUUGUUUUCAGGGGGAUUAGUUGAGUUCAUUUGCUCAGACAAUUCAGCAGAUGCAGGAAACAUUAGUCAAAGACGUAAGAAAGUUAAAAUGACAAUUUUAGUGGGGACAGCUUCAAUUUGUAUCAUAUGGUUCUUUUUCUACUUCAGACCAAUUACAUACGGAGAUGUGUCUUUGACCCCAGCUGAAGUAAAAGCAAGACAGUGGUUGGACAUCAAGUUGCACUAUGCUAAGUGA